CUGGACUGGACUUUCCUCCCGCGGCUCCGGGCAUCACCUGUGCGCGGAGACACGGCCAAUGAACAGCAUGUCUCCUCAACAACAAUCAGACAACAACCUCAACCGAGCAGGCGCCCAGCGGGACAAUAAAACAAGGAUGAAGUCUCAGAGUUACCGGCGUCAGUCUGCUCCAUCUCUGGUCAUCACCAAAGCCCUGACCAGGUCCAAGACUCUGUCCAGGGAGAGUUUCGUGGUGUCCAUAUGUCCAGAGACCAGUGCGUUUGUUCAGUCCUUUUUAAGUGGAUUUGAUCGAUCGUUUCUCCUCCACGGACACGCUCAACUCAAAACAGGACUGCAGACUCAAGACCGACACCUGUUCCUCUUCACCGAUGUCCUGGUUAUUGCUAAAGCGAAGUCUUCAAACCAGUUCAAGCAGAAGGCGCAGGUGUCUCUGUGUGAGAUGUGGACCGCUGGAUGUCUGGACGAGGUGUGUGAGGGGACCACAUAUCCAGAGAGGAGCUUCGUUUUGGGCUGGCCAACCUCCAACUGUGUGGCUGUGUUUGGCUCGGCCGAACAAAAGGAAAAAUGGCUGACACUUCUCAAAAGUCGGAUAAAAGAAGAGAAGGAAAACGAAGAACCCAAAACGAUCCCUUUGAGAGUUUAUGGAAAAGGAAUCAAUACUUUUGCUGUUACUAAAACACUUCCUGUUAGUAACUCAGAUUCGACCAAUGAGGUGAUCCGACUGGCCUUGCAGCAGUUUGGAAUUAUCGGUCAUGUCAAAGACUACCAGUUAUGGGUAAUCUCCAAGCGAGACAACACUCCCUAUCCUCUCAUUGGUCAUGAGUUCCCGUUCAGUAUCCAGAUGAACCACGUGCGACAGUCGAGAGAAGGAAGAGAGGGCAGAGAGGAGGAGAGGCUGGUGUAUAAACAGUGUCAGUUCAUCCUCAAAGUACGACCCAAUGACGUCAUCCAACAGCACGAGGCAACAGAUUUCUCUCAGAAGUCAUUCAAGCGUCGCCGUUCUCUGAUCACUUGGGCGUUUUGGAGAGGCCCUGCUCAGCUCACAGACCCUUCGCUCAGUGGCGCCCCUAGAGGCUGCUUGUUUGGACAACCGCUGAGCUCCGUGUGCAUCGAGAAUACACUGCCCAAACCUGUCAUGGAUAUGUUGACGUUCCUGUACCACGAGGGCUGUUGGACUAGAGGAAUAUUUCGUCGUCCGGCCGGAGCGCGAGCUGUGAGGGAACUGCGGGAUUCUUUAGACUCUGGAGAAAUUCAACUCCCAAUGACCAGAGACCACGUUUUCAUCAUCGCUGGAGUCUUCAAGGAGUUCUUGCGGAGUAUCCCGAACAGUUUGUUGUGUUGUGAACUUUAUGAAGAGUGGCUCGAUGCUUUGGAGGAAGAUGACGAGGAAGAGGAGCAGGUGCACGAUGUACAAAGGAUCCUCCUCCGACUGCCAAAGGAGAACACCAUGCUGUUGCGCCACCUGCUGGCUGUACUCCACGUGAUCCAGAGCAACGCCUCAGAAAACCAGAUGACCAGUUUGAACCUGUCCAUCUGCAUCGCCCCGAGUCUGCUGUGGCCACCGGGGGCAGCACACAGCCCUGUGGUGGAGGAGGAGGGAACUAAGAGGAUCUGUGACUUGGUGAAGUUCAUGAUCGAACACUGUCAGAUGAUUUUUGGAGAAGAUCCCUCCACGAUGUUGGGAGGGCCGCCCCAGAGACAAACGCCAGAGGAGGAGACAGAAUCUUGGCAGUACCCUUUGACCGACUCCUCCUACGACAGCCUGGAGAAUGAACUGGACAACAGCAGCGGAGGAUCCCCGAGUCUCAUUCAACGCAAAAUGGAUAAUCACCAUGGCAACCACCACCAACCUCUCCAGGGCAGCCUCGAUUCAAUCCUAACAUUCAGCGACUACGAUCAAGAAAACGACACCGAAAACCCCUCCAAAGCAACAAGACAUUACCGUAUUGAGAAACUUGGAGGUGAUAGCGUCAUAUACAGCUCGAAACAGGACUAUAAAUACGUUGAGUCGUCCCCGUCUCUUGGCUCGCCAUCUUUAGAGGCUAGACAUCGACCAAGGAGGAGAUCUGAACCCGCUGUUACUUAUAUAAGGAAGUUACAGCCUUAUAACUCAAAUACAGGUGAUGACGAGCAGCUGAACAGCCAAUCAGAUUUGAGAGAUGAGUCCAAGAGGCGCGACUUGGGGUUCGGAAUGAAACGUUUAGGCCUAGAAGCUAGUUUGUCAAGUUUAUCAUCAACUCCUAACUCUCCAGCACCUAAUUACUCAUCAAUUGAUUCACUGGACUCUUUCAGCUUUGAUAAAUCGCAAAGACAGCAAGUAAAAGCAAGCCUUACAGAUGAAAUCCCAGUUAGUAUCAUUUCAGCACCGGAAGAUUAUAGUGCAAAGGGUUCUCCGCCUAAAGACUUGGGAACGUUGAAAAGUUGUGGGAAUCUUCAUCCAAAUUCGUGGUUGAAAAAGGAUUGGAGGUUGACGUUAAGCCAUAAGGACAAUUUGAAGAAGGAAGAGAAGACACCGAUAGUAGCAGCUGAUAAGUUUCCUGUGGUCAUCAAAGGAGGUCCAGAGAAGUCCAAGGCCAAAGUAGUCCAGACCAAACCGGGCCAAAGAGGAUCCAAAGAAGACCAGGUCCAAACCAGCCCCUCCCCCUCUCUGUUCUACCGGCAGAGCGGUCCCACACUGUCCCUGUUCAAGAAGCAGAGAUCUACAGAGGAACAAGCUAAUCCUAAACUGUCCCAGAGACGUGGAUCAGAACCAAAUCGGGUUCUUGUCGAUCGGGUCUCUGGUCUCCAUAGAACCCGUCUUCCAAGCGACCCAGGACUGAAAGUAUCUGAGGUGGACGGCGAAGAGGCGUCCGCAGGGACAAGAUUUUGUCUUUCCCCUCAUGCGACAAAAGCAGUGAAGGACUAUUUCUCUUCACAUCCACGCAGCAAUCCCCAGAGCAGCAAACAGGUGGCACUAGCCCUGGUGGAGAGCCAGAGGGAGUGGAUUAAGCGGUGCAGUGACCCUCAAACUGAACCAGACUUUGAACAAUUGUUACUAGCAGAAGAGUCCUACGUCUAA